AGAGACUGCCAUCCUUCAACAUCAGUCCUUUCCUUUGUAUUUGACCAUGCUCAGAAGAUAAUCCUGGUUAAAACAAAACAAACACAUUUUUCCCAUGAUCUGGGGCCCAGAGAGGAAUCUGGUCUAUUCCUCUACCCCCAGACAGAGCUAUACUUUAACUACAAUGAAAAUCAGACAUUUGGAAGAUCUAUAAAGACAAAAAAAGAUCUUAGAAAAUAGGGUAAGAGGAGGCCAGGCUCAGUGUCCAAGCUAGGAGGAUGUGACAUGGCUCCAGCCAGGAUGAUGGCAGUGGUUUGCAAUGACCGUCUGGGGAUGAAGAUCCAUGUUAAUGCAACACUGAGGACCCCACUGGGGACCCUUAAGAAGCUGAUCACAGCCCAUCCUGGCACAUAUUGGAACAAGACUGUCCUGAAGAAGGGGUACACAAUUUUCAAGGACCACAUGUGCCUGGGCAACUAUGAAAUCCACGAUGGGAUGAACCUGGAGCUUUAUUAG